AUGGGCAGCCCUCAACUUCAUGUAGGCAUUGUAGCUAGCCCAGGAAAAGGGCACUUAAUCCCAGUUCUUGUUUUAGGCAAUCGACUCGCUGUCUUUCACAAUAUCAAAGCUACUAUCAUUAUUAUCACAAGCAAGAAUUCACCUCCCGAUACACAACUUCUUAAGACCUUCAAUGUCCCAAGAAAACUUAUAGACGUUGUCCAAAUUCCUCCAGUGGACAUCUCCAACCUAAUUGAUACCGACGCAAAGGUGGUGACACAAAUUUGCGUGAUGGUACGUCAGGCUUUACCUGAAAUCCGAAUCGCCAUAUCAACGAUUAAGCCAGACGCUCUCAUCGUGGACCUUCUCUCAACAGAAGUCAUGACGUUGGUUUCCAGAGAAUUUAACAUGCCAAAGUACGUAUUUGUUCCAACUAAUGCAUGGUUCACUGCCUUGGCAAUUUACAGUGCCAAGGUUCUUGAUAAAGAAAUAGAGGGUCAAUAUGUUGACCAUGGAAAUAUCUUGAUGAUUCCUGGCUGUAAACCGGUUAGACCGGAUGAUGUUGUUGAUGCAAUGCUGGACCGGAAUGAUGAGCAAUACAAUGAGCACGUUAGGCUAGGAAUUGAGUACACUUUAUCUGAUGGAAUUUUAAUUAAUACAUGGGAAGAAGCUGAGUGUGACACUUUGAAAGGGCUUACAGAAAAUGAAAGGUUGAAAAGUGUUGUUAAAGUACAAAUUUACCCUAUAGGGCCUUUGAGGAGAAAUGUUGAGGAUAAAAAUAUGGAAAAUUGGAUUUUGAAAUGGCUUGAUAAGCAACCUUCAGAGUCAGUUUUGUAUGUAUCAUUUGGAAGUGGUGGAACUCUAUCUUCUAAGCAGAUGAUUGAGUUGGCUUGGGGUUUGAAAUUAAGCCAGCAGAGGUUUGUUUGGGUGGUGCGUCCACCGUGUGAUGGUGGGGCCGACGGAAGCUUUUUUAAUUCAGGACAAAAUCCUGAACAGACUGCCGUUGAUAAGUCGGAAAAAGAAGAGGAUAAUGUCAAGUCAUCAUGCUCCUUAUGUCCAGCGCAACACUUACCUUGUGAUGGGACACUAGAUUACUUGCCUGAGGGCUUUUUGACACGUACACGAGACAAAGGAUUGGUGGUUCAAACGUGGGCACAACAAGUAGAAAUAUUAAGUCACUCGGCAGUAGGUGGAUUUUUGACACGUACACGAGACAAAGGAUUGGUGGUUCAAACGUGGGCACAACAAGUAGAAAUAACCUUGUGAUGGGACACUAGAUUACUUGCCUGAGGGCUUUUUGACACGUACACGAGACAAAGGAUUUUUGUCUCAUUGUGGAUGGAAUUCGACAAUAGAGAGCUUAACAAAUGGCAUUCCCAUGAUAGCCUGGCAACUCUACGCUGAGCAAAGACUUAAUGCCACCAUGUUGACGAAGGAACUCAGGGUGGCAGUUCGGCCGGAGUUUUUGCCGACAAAGAAAGUGGUGGGAAGGGAAGAGAUAGAGAAAAUGGUGAGAACAAUAAUGCAGUAUCCAGAAGGGAAAGGAAUAAGAAAUAAGGCUAAACAACUUUUAAUAAGCGCUGAGAAUGCUUUAAGAAAAGGAGGAUCUUCAUACAAUUCAAUGUGCAAGGUCCUUAAAGACAUUGAAAACAAACUAGUUUCUUAAAGUCCCAAUUCUGAAGCUAGCUAAGUAACUACUUUUUUUCUUUUUUUCUUUCAAUUUAUUACUCUCCAAAUAAAUAAAUAAAUAAAUACGAUUGGCUCAUCUAUAGUUCGCAGGAAGAAUAAACUGAUUUGUGGGAAUUCAAAAUUGCUCGUUUGCUAUAGUCUGUCUGUCUACCCGUUGAUUAAAUACGCUCUAA